AUGGAUCUAUCAUACGCCCAAGUCACGAGAUCUGUUUUCAUGUUUCCAACUCUCGUAUUCUGUUGGGUCUUGUAUUGUGCUGUCAGCCGCUUGUUCUUCCAUCCACUUAAUGGCUACCCCGGACCAUUACUCUCACGGUUGUCUAGCUUACCGGUCCUCUACCAUGCUUGGAAAGGGGAUCUUCAUUAUCACCUUUUUCGGUUACAUCUCAAACAUGGCAAAUGCGUACGCUACGCGCCAAAUAAAUUGUCCAUCAACGAUUCUGACGCUGUGAACGAAAUAUAUGGCUUCAACAAGAAUACGGCGAAGCCAGAAGAGGCAUAUGCAGCAUUCCGUGUGAACAAACAUGCUAUCAACACCUUCAACACAAGUUCCAAAGAGGCCCAUAGACGAAAGCGCCGUAUUAUGGCAAAAGGUUUCUCGGACGUGGCACUUGCGACCUACGAGGAAUCCAUUUCUCAGCCUAAAUGUGUCUUCAAUUGGGCUUAUGAAGCAAAUUGUCUAAUGCUGGAUAUAAUGGGACAUCUCUGUUUCGGUGCUGCAUUUGGCUUUAUUGGUGGAAAAGGGGAAAAACUUGUUAAGAGUUUCCACCAACGUGCCUUUCGUGUCUACAUGGUGCCACUUUUCAAAAAGCUAUACAUAGACCGGGUUCUUUUCCCACAAAUGGCCAAGGCAAACACCGCGCUUGCGGACUAUGCGCGUUCAUACACUGUACAACGUGCCCAUCAACACCGCGAGGAGACUAACAGGAUCGAUGAAACGGAGACAUACUCCCAUGUAAAGUCAGGCAACAAUAAUACCAGCUCUGAUAUCAUGCAUCACUUGCUCAAUGCUCACGAUGAAGAGACAACCUCGGUAUACAGCGACAACGAGCUCCUCGGUGAAGCGAUUCUCCUCAUGAUGGCUGGCUCCGACACCACAUCUACCGCCUUGACAGCCACACUUUUUUACCUCUUCCACAACCCCCACGCUCUGCAAAGUCUCCGCUCCGAGCUUGCUCACAUCUUCUCAUCCAGCAUCCCUACUCGCGUCCUCGCUGUUGAGAAUUGCAAAUACCUGCGUGCAUGUAUUGACGAGGCGAUGCGCUUGUGUCCACCUGCUCCGACGGCCCUUCCGCGUGUUGUUUGCGAGGGCGGCAUCGAGGUAUUGGGAAUACAUUUCCCAGAGGGUGUAUGCUUGGGGGUACCAAAUUUUGCACUAUUUCGCAACGAGCUUUACUUCAAGGAGCCGCAUAGGUUCAUGCCCGAAAGAUGGUUGAAUAAUGACGAGGACAGUCUGAGCCUAGCUCGAAUGGCUUUCAAACCGUUUUCGGUAGGUCCAAGACAUUGCAUUGGACAACGGUUAGCGAUUCAGGAGAUGGCGUAUGUUAUUGCAAAGAUAGUUUAUCAUUUUGAUUUUGAGGUUGUGGGAACUGAUAGUGAAUAUAGAGGAUUAGGAGUGGAUGAAAAUGUGGUCAUGGAGCAAUUCGAUGUUUUUACGAGUCUGGAGCGUGGACCCGAGAUAAACUUCUGGGCCAGGUGA